AUGGCACGAUUUCAUCUUAGAAAGGGACUUGUCAAUUAUGUGGGGCUUUGUCUUUCCAUCAUCGGCUUUAUUUUAACAGUAUUAUGCCUUGCAGGUUGUCUGAAGCCAAGCAGUUAUGGAUUUUAUUUUGCAAAAAUAACCGAUGCAGAAGCUUCAAGUGACGGAAGUUUUGUAUCCAUUUACUUUGGAUGGCAAGCCUACUGCGUACAAGAGAGCAACCAGCCUAUGGCAUGUUACAACGAUCGCAGUAUUAUGGUAGUUCCAUUCGACGUUUCUGUCAGCAAUCAGCUUAAUGAAACUUAUCCUCGGCUCUUUAUUGAUAAAGUUGAACAAGACGAAGCACUCAAUCCAGGUGCAUCUCCUAAUCCACCUCACGAUCCGAAAAUUUAUCCAGCGGCUGUGCUUUGCUUGAUCUGUUCGGCCAUAUUACUUGUCUGUUGUUUAUAUCGCGUUACAUAUCCAAGCCGAUACCAGGAUGAAUAUUUUACAAGAGGAUUCUUGGCAUUGGUAUCUGCAGUGUUUGCACUGCUUUUAGUAAUUUUGUCAACCGUUAUGUAUUCUGAUGCGGUGGAUCAAUUAAAUCGAGCAUAUCCUCAUUUGCAAGCAACAGAGGGAACAGGAUUGCCAAUGAUAGGAUGCGCUUUCGCAGCAUUCACGAUAGCCGGAUUUAUUUUAUUAAGAGGGUGCAUGAGUAUAGAUUCGAACGAUAACGAUGGAUAUAGUCCUAUUUAA